AUGGCGUCCGUGUCUGAGUGCCCUGGCCCUGACCCGCCGCAGCACAUCCCUCCUGUAGAGCCCAUGGGUCGAGGUGGGUGUGUCUGCCUGACGUGGGGGAACAUCUCCAGCAAGCUGCUGGUGGGUCAGGCGGCCCUGGGGCUUGGGGCUGACCCUAUAAAGGAGCUCAUUUGUGGUCACUUUGCCGGGAGCAGCGUGAACUCGGGACAACGAUGGCUCCCCAGGCUCCUGGUGGUUGCCGCCAGUGUGCCCUUGGUCACUGUGCUGGCGGUGGGCUCCCGCAGCGUGAGCACGCAGAUCCCCUCCUGCCCCCCGGGACGGCAGCGCUCUGCAGAGGACGUGGCCCCGGUGCAGCUUCCAGGGACUGAGGUCACGGCGGCCACCGUUACGAUGGGGGCCCCCAUCUGGGUGGCUGCGUCCGUUCAGACCCACACUCCAACCGCACCUUUUCCCACCUUACCAGGAAGUGGUGGUUGCAUUUGUGGCCAGUUCAGCCCCAGCGCCCUGGACCACACAGCUGGCCACUGUUUUCCCCACAAGAGCCCACGUUACUGGUGCCUGCUGAUGCUGGCGCCACUGGGCCCGGGACCCCACUUUGGGAGCCAGGGAAACUCCCUCGGCCACAAUGGCUCAGCAUCCUGGCCUUGUCCCAAGCAGCUCUGUCCCCUCGCUCAGUGUCACCCUGGAGCCAUCUCCGUGCAAGUUCCUGCUGACACAGUGGAUCCCGCCGUCCAUGGCUUCCCAGACACGGACGCUCAGGCGCUUCCGAGUCUGGGCUUCCAGGUCCAGGUGGCUUCCCAAGCAGCUCUGUGUCUGGUGAUGGAUUUCGGGGACAGCUCUGGGGUUCAAGUGGCGAUCCGCAAUGUGACCGGAGGAAUGGCGGUCACCGCCUACCACCAGUUCGGGAAAGAAGGAGUCUAUGUGCUCAAGGCACGUAUCUACAACGAGUUUUGUGGAACUGAAAAGGAGCUUGGGCCUUACUUUGUGGAGAUUGGCGCUGCGACCGUGUCUGUGUUCAUGAACUCCAGCAGCAUCCACAGGGACGAGCGUCUUGUCUUCGCUGACUCUAGGACAGGUCAGAAGGGCACUGUUGUCUCACAUCGAUUUCCAGCUGGUCCCUCGGGUGACGUGGCCUUCACUUCUCAGAGCCGAGCAGGGGGCGGCCAGGCUUGGCGCCGUGUCACGGUCGGGUAUCACAUGCAGCCCGUCUCUGUAUACACAAACGGAACUGUGUUUGCCACCGACACCCACAUCACUUUUCUGGCUGUUACCGAGGAACUGACCCCCCUGGAGUUUGUGUGGUUGUUCGGAGAAGGUCCCCCCGUGAAGACAAUGUCCAGGAGCAUUAAUAAAAGACUCAGCGUCCCCCAGUGGUACAGCGUGACGGUGCAGGCUGCCAGUGGGCUGGGCAGCGUGGCCUCAGAGCCCUGCCGCAUCAGGACGCAGAGGAGAAUCGUCGCCAAUCGGCUCGUGUCCCCCUCCUCAGCUCUGCUGAAUGCCAGCGUGACCUUUGAGUGCAGACUCAACUUUGGCACCGACGUCACUUUCCUAUGGGACUUCGGGGACGGCACCGUAGGCCCCGGGGACAGCUCUGCUAGUCACACCUACAGCAGGGAAGGACAGUUCACCGUCCAGGUACUUGCCUUCAAUGAUGUCAGCACCACCUCCCUGAGAAAGCAACUGUUCAUCGUGCAGGAGCCCUGCCAGCCGCCCCCUGUGAAGAACAUGGGGCUGGGGAAGGUGCAGGUGUGGAGGUCUCAGCCUGUGACCCUGGGUGUGACAUUCGAGUCUGAGAUCCUCUGUGACAUAUCCCGAGGCCUCUCCUACGCCUGGACCUUCUGGAACUCCCAGGGGUGGCCGGUGCCCCUGCCCCCUGCUGUCAGCACCCACAGGCAGACCGUCACUGUCCCCAGCUACUUCCUGGAGCCCGGGAACUAUACCGCUCUUGCCAGGGUUCAGGUGGAAGGCAGCAUGGUGCACAGCAACUACAGCGUGGCGGUGGAGGUGCGCGCCCAGGCCCCCGUCAGCGUCAUCUCCGAGGGCACGCACCUGCUCCUCUCCAGAGCCCCCUCGUUCACCGUCGUACUCACGGGCUCCCAGUCCUACGACCCAGACCGCCCGGGGGCCGCCCUCAGUUAUCACUGGACAUGCACGGCGGCCAGCAGCCCCGGGCACUCGUGCUUUGCUGCCUCCUCCCCACGCAGCCUGGGUGCUGGGGCUCCCUCCCUGGCCUUUCCUGCAGACUCGCUCAGCGACAGCUAUGACCAGUUUCUCGUGACGCUGACGGUGUCCAGUGCCGGCCGGAACUCUUCAGCGGCGCAGGUGUUCCUGUCCCCUCGCCCCGACUCGGCUCUCAGAUUCGUCCAUAUCUCCUGGGUCAGCUUUAAGGAUGUGUUUGUUAACUGGAAUGAGGAGCUUUCUUUUCAAGCCAAGUGUGAUGAGUGUGGUGAAGGGCUCCAUCUGUCUUACUCCUGGGACCUCUUCCUGGUCAACGCGACAGAAAGGACCCGAAUGGAAGUUCCCUUUUGUAGAACAGUGGGGCUGCUGGGCGCCGCCGGACUGGGGGCCGUUUCGAAGCUGCCAGAGUCCAGCACACCGUCCACGGAGCCGAGCUGGCUGGAGCCGCAUGCAGUGGGCACACCAUCUUCACGGGAGCCAUCACCACACACCCGGGGCCUGACGGGGAAACCCUCCUCGGGGCCCGCGGUCGGCCGGCACCGGGUCCCUGCUGCGGGUGACCAGGGGUCCCCCGGACCCAGCCCCCCCGGGAGGCCGUCCCCCCAGAGCCCGUGCCCUUCCCCCUCUGAUUUUGAAGCCUAUUACAGUGAUAUCCAGGAAGCCGUGCCGACCAGAGGGAGACAGCCCGCCGACUGGGCCGAUGCCAGCCUCGCAGGAGCAGGCCCGAGUUCAAGUGCUGACGGGGGCCGCGGGGACGGGGACAACCUGCUGGGCCCCUCGGCCCCCCUGGCCGCUGCCAGGCCCACCCUCACGGUGGACUGGCCCAAGUCCCCGGUCGGCCGCGCUCAUUUCCACGGCUACACCUCCUCUGGUAUCACGGGGCACACGGUGACGAUAAAGCCAUUCUCACUGAGCCCUGGGGACACAUACGUCCUGCAAGCCUCUGUGGCUUCCCCGCACCACUUACUGGGGAGAGCUCAGCGGUACGUGACGCUCCAUCCGGCUCCACGGGACGUGGCCUGCCAGGUGCAGCCACAUCGCGGCCUCGAGGCUCAUACCGUCUUCAGCGUCUUCUGCAUGUCGGGGAGACCGGACUUCCGUUAUGAAUUUAGUUAUCAGAUAGGAAAUGCCUCCAAACGCACUCUGUACCACGGGAGAGACAGCCAGUAUUAUUCCAUGCUGCCAGCUGGCGAGCCCUUGGAUGAUUAUAAAGUCACGGUGUCCACUGAGAUCACAGACGGGGCGGGCUCCCGGGUGCCGCCGUGCGCCGUGACGGUGAUCGUGCAGCCUCGUUUCCACGGGAAUCUCUGCCUGGACGAGGACAUCUAUAACUCCAGCCUGAAGCACCUCUCCACCCUUCAGCUGAUGGGCAGUUACACAGAGGUCAGGAACUACAUCACCAUGAUGACCAGGGUCCUGACUCGUUGGGCUGCGGAGGACAGAAGUCCCUUGUGUGGCCAAUGGUCACGAAUACAGGAUGCGCUGAUUUCUUCUGUGUGCAGACUGCCUUUCACAGAUCAGGAAGAGAUGAGCGCUUCUGUUCUCAUGUUAAGGGACCUCCUACGCUUCCCUCACAAGUUAAGCUUUACGAGCGCGGCUCUCAUCCUCAAAGCCGCCCGGGCGCUCCAGGCUCAGAGCCCACUCUCGGGGAGGCUCGCGGUGGACGAGGGGCUGAGGCUUGAGCUCAUCCUGCUGGUGUCCGAAGUCUUGGAAGCAUAUGACCAGGACAAACCGAGGACUGUGGGCUGCCUGCAAGAAGAGGGGAUUAAGGUCAUCUCAGAUCUCUUGUUGGAUGGCCUUUCUGCAAACAAGGAGAAUCGGCUCCACAUCAGCACUGGGCAGAUGGAGUUCCACAUGCUUCUUCAUCGCGACCUGCAGAGCUGCGUGCAGGGCCUGGGCUCCGUCCAGGUGCAUUUCCCUGCAGACCUGGCUGGACAGAGUCCUGCAGGGGCGGAAAUGCAGAGCCCAUGCUACAUUAGCCACCUCGUGCUCUUCAAGAAGAACCCGUAUCCAGGGGGCCAUGCUCCUGGUCAGAUUGGCCAGGUGGUCGCCCCGUCCCUGUUCAGCUGCUCCAGCAGGAGACCCAUCAGCAGGUGGCGGCUGAGGGAGCCCAUGACGGUGCAGUUCAGGGCAGAGGAUGGCCUGGAAAACAGAAAUAAGACGACGUUUGUGCUGCUCCGGAAUAGAGUGAAUAUUCAUCAGUUCAUCGGGCAUUCUGCAAACCCCCAGGAAUCUCUGCACAUAAGGAUAGAAUUUUCUAGGCCUGUUUUGAGAGCUUUCCCGGUCAUGGUGCUGGUAAGGUUCUCUGAGAAACCUACUCCUUCUGAUUUUCUCGUGAGGAAUGUCUACAUCUGGGAUAAGCAGACGAUGCAUGUGUAUGUACCUGCUGGUCCUCCGAGAGACACCAGCGUGGGAUAUUUAUCCUUACUAGACGCUGACUAUGACAGAAGCCCUCCGAACAAAUACUUGGCACAGGCAGUGAACUACACGGUGCAUUUCCAGUGGGUCCAGUGCCUCUUCUGGGAAGCGAGAGAGUGGAAAUCUGCAAGCUUCUCUCCACAGCCAGGAGCGUCUCCAGAAAAAGUGACCUGCAGCUACGACCGCCUUGUGCCGGUCUCUGUCGCAAGAAGAAACCUGAAUGCCAGUUUUUCAGUGAGUGACGUUUCCAAGUGGCAGAGACAACCAGAGAACCUGCUUCCCAGUAUUUUGGUGGUUGUUUUUACGAUUCUUUAUGCACUUCUGGUUACUAAAAGCAGACGUGUAGAUCGUCACGAGAAGAAGAAAGCUGGUUACAUUUUUCUGCAAGAAGGUGCUCCCCCCGGCCACCAGCUGUAUGCGGUUGUUGUGGACACGGGCUUCCGGUCUCCUGCCCGCUGUAGUGCCAAGGUUUACAUUGUUCUCUGUGGUGAGAAUGGGUUUUCAGAACCCAGAGAACUCUACUGUCCAGAGAGGCCCCUGUUUGAAAGGAAUUCCAGACAUACUUUCGUCCUGAGCGCCCCCGCCCUGCUGGGCCCGCUCCGGAGUGUCCGUCUCUGGCACGACAGCCGUGGGCCCUCCCCGGACUGGUAUGUGAGCCACAUCAUGGUGAGAGUGCUGGCCCCCGGGCAGGGGCGGAGCUCGCUCUUCCCCGCCGAGUGCUGGUUGGCGGCGAGCAGGCGGGACGGCCGCGUGCAGCGGGAGCUGGGCUGCCUGCGCCGGGGUCUUGGCUUCUGGAAGCUCCUGUAUUCAAAGUUCACGGAGUAUCUGGAGGAUUUCCACGUCUGGACCUCCGUGUCCAGCCAGCCCUCCCCCAGCAGCUUCCCGCACACAGCACGCCUCACCAUUGCCUUUACCUUGCUGUGCGCGUAUGCCUGUCUCACUGCCCUGCUCACGGUUGCAGGACAAGAGCAGCUCCCGUGGGCUCUCGGUGCCCCCGAUGCCGCCGCCGGGUCCUUCCAGACGGGUCUCCUGUGCACCCUGCUGGCUUCUCCCGGGGCACAGCUCUUGUCGCUGCUCUUGAGGCUCAGCCAGGUCACCCAGGUUCGGGCGCUGGCCGUGGACACUGCUCCACGGACCGCGGUUGGCGAGGCGGCACCGGUGGUGGGAGGCGGCCAGGCUGAAGAUGGUGGUACCUACACGCAGCCGUCCCCCAACAGCGGAUUUCGAGGACCUGCUGAGCUUCGGUGGCCGCGGGCUCUGUUGCCUUGGUCAGGCUGCGUGGUGUGGGCCAUUUGCGGGAUGGUCUCCGUGGCCUGUGGCUUAGGGACAGCGUUUCUAGGAUACAGGUUCAGCCCGACGCAGUGUGUGCGCUGGCUGCACCUGCUGACGCUGUCCGUGCUGUGCUGUGUUUUCAUCUCGCAGCCGCUUCUGGUGGGCCUUGUGGCCGUGGGCUUUGCCUGGAGAAGGAGAGACGACCCGCACUUCUUCACCGAGUCUCUGCGCGCAGCCACCGAAGACCUGGACGCUGAGCUUGAGGAGCGAGUGAGGUCCCGCACGCGCCAGCAUGCGAGCCAGAUGGAGGAGAUGUUGGCUGCCCGACAGCAAGCGCGCCGCCUGCGCUGGGCACGCCCGCCGUCUGCAGCCCAGCUCAGCAUCAUCAGGGAGAGGAUGAGAAGAGAGACCCGCACCAGGGUGGCCCUGAGAGACAUCUGCAUAUACACCCUCAUGCUGCUUCUGCAUGUGUUUAUACUUUGUGGGAGAUGCUCCCAGGAUGAAUAUUCUCUCAAUCAAGCCAUCCGGAAUGAGUUUACAAGGGGUGCCAGGAGCGUCUCUGGCGGCCUGAGAAGUGUGGGUGACUGGUGGGGCUGGAGUCUGAGCACGCUGCUGGACGGCCUGCAUGGGGGAGGCGCCUCCACGGCCGGCCCGCCAGGCACUCAGCCUGGAGCCCUUGGUGGGAAGUGCUACCUACUGGGCACUCCGGUCAUCCAGCAGCUGAGAGAUCCUUCCGGUGGCGUGUGCGAGCUUCCCAGCCCACCUUCAGCACUUUCCGAAGACUCUCCUCCUCUGCAUGGCCCCAAAGUCGGAGGCCCUGACACCCCCUCCGUGGCAGAUCCCGCCAUCCAAAGAGUGGCCCCGAGUGGCCCCAGAGGCUGUGGGGCCAGGGAGCCCUGGGUGCUCAGCCUGGGCAGCACAAGGCCGGCAGCCCACGCAGCCCUCAGCAGCCUCCGGGCCAGCAGGUGGAUCGACCGCAGCACCAGAACCGUGUCUGUGCACUUCGCUCUCUAUAACCCUCCCACUCAACUCCUGUCCAGUGUGUCCCUUCGCGCCGAGCUUCUCCCUGCGGGGGGCCUGGCCUUCUCCCCGCUGGUGGAGUCGCUGGCUGUCUUCCGCAGUGACUCGGCCCUGUGGUCCAGCCCCACGCUUCCCGAGCUGGCCUUCCUGCUGCUCAGCCUGACUCACCUCUGCUUGCAACUCUGCAGCCUGGCCGAGAAGGGUUUCCGCAGCUACUGGCGCAAACCAGGGACCUGGCUAGAGCUUGCCAUAGUGGGAGCCGGCCUCGCCUGCCACGCAGCCUCCAGCCACCUGGCCACGCUUGCUGGGGAGGUGACCGACCACUUCCACAGAGGACACUUCCGAGGAUUUAUGGAUCUCACUGUGGCGGCCUUGUGGAAUCAGGUACAGCAGGGCGUCCAGAGGGUGACCUGGCUCCAGGGGACCCUCUCGUUGCUCCUGACGCUGAAGUCCGUCUGCCUCGUUGGCACCCUGAGCACGAGGGCAUCCUGCUCCUUCCUGCUGCGUCGCUCUCUGGCUGGCGUCUGCACGGCAGGGCUGGUGGGCGUCCUGACACUGGCCGCCCACUGCCACCUGCGCGCGCUGAGAGAUUCCCUCGUGACUCUUGCUCGAAAAAGGAAAUCUUUUCAAAGCCAGUCCCUCGUGAGCCUGGCAGACAUGACUGCCUGCGUGCAGUGGGCGGCCCGGGCCUGGCUGGGGCUGGAGAGGCCACAGCGGGAAGAGGCAGAGAUGGCUGAGAGGCAGAAUUACCACCUGGAUGAAGUUUCCGAUCUGCUAGAUGAACUUCUGUGGAAAAUUCAUGGUUUGUCGGACAGCCUACGACGUCCUCGUCCAGAGCUGCGAUUUGGUGAUACGGGAGAGGCCAGGGCAGAAGGCCGUCCCUCGGUGGGCGUUUCUGCCUAA